UACAGCCUGUAGUUUCAGGGUCACAGCCACACGCAGGGCACGUCAAAGAGCAUCACUGUCUCAGUACUUACUCAGCCACCACCAUGGGGAAUUGCAUCCAGGGAUGCAAAGACUACUUCUCUCGGCAAAAGAACACCAACAUCCGUCUUACACUGCCGGUAGUCUGCUUCGUCUGGCAGAUCGCCAUGAUCAUCCUCUUCGGCGUCUUCAUCCGCUACGACGAGGAGUCGGACACACACUGGGUAGAGACCAAGGCCCAUGACAACAUCACCAGUGACAUAGAGAAUGACUUCUACUUCAGAUACCCCAGCUUCCAGGAUGUCCAUGUGAUGAUCUUUGUGGGUUUCGGAUUCCUCAUGACUUUCUUGAAGAGGUACAGCUUCGGCGCAGUCGGCUUCAACUUCCUCAUUGCCUCCUUCGGCCUGCAGUGGGCUCUGCUCAUGCAAGGCUGGUUCCACUCUCUAGAUCCCCAGACAGGAAAGAUCUUCAUCGGUGUUGAAAGUCUGAUCAAUGCUGACUUCUGUGUGGCGGGCUGUCUCAUAGCCUACGGGGCAGUGCUGGGCAAAGUCAGCCCGGUCCAGCUGUUGGUUAUGACCCUGUUUGGUGUCACUCUGUUCGCUGUGGAAGAGUACAUCAUUCUGAACUUACUUCAUGCUAGGGAUGCCGGUGGCUCCAUGGUUAUUCACACCUUUGGAGGUUAUUAUGGUCUGGCCAUCUCCCGGGUCCUUUACAGACCUAAUUUACACCAGAGCAAGCGUAUGCAGGGCUCUGUGUACCACUCCGAUACCUUCGCCAUGAUCGGCACACUGUUCCUGUGGAUGUUCUGGCCCAGUUUCAACUCGGCCAUUACUGACCAUGGAGACGGUCAGCACAGGGCAGUCAUCAACACCUACCUGUGCCUGGCCGCCACUGUCCUCACCACAGUGGCCAUCUCCAGCCUCUCCCAGAAGACUGGCAAGCUCGACAUGGUGCAUAUCCAGAAUUCCACCCUGGCGGGGGGUGUUGCCUUGGGGACAGCGGCUGAGUUUAUGAUCUCUCCCUACGGCGCUCUGAUCGUGGGCUUCUUCUGCGGCAUAAUCUCUACCAUGGGCUACAUCUUCAUUUCUCCCUUCUUGGAGAAGACACUGAAGAUUCAGGACACGUGUGGAGUACACAACCUGCAUGCCAUGCCUGGGGUGAUUGGCGGGAUAGUUGGAGCCAUCACUGCUGCAGCUGCCAGCGAGUCAGUCUACGGAAAGCAGGGGUUGAUCAACACGUUUGACUUCACUGGAGACUUUAAGGACAGAACCGUGUUAACUCAGGGUGGAUACCAGGCCGCUGGCAUGUGUGUGUCCAUUGUUUUUGGGGUUGUAGGCGGAGCUAUAGUCGGUUCCAUCCUGAAGUUACCCAUUUGGGGUGAUCCUGCUGAUGAGAACUGUUUCGAUGAUGAGGUGUACUGGGAGCUCCCUGAUGAAGAGGAGGAGCAUCAGGAGAGCAUCCCUCCCAUUCUGGAGUACAACAACCACAUGAUCCACAAGCAGCAAGAGCUAUCUGAGUCCAACUUCUCUGUGGAACACUGUGAAAGCUAAAUACAGAGUUGUGAGGACACCACCACCCAAACAUGUCCUGCUGGACCAUGGAAUUACCACGGAAAUCCAACAGACAACUGCACUCCCCUUAAAUGAAGACACCUAUACAAGACACAUUAAAACAUGCUUUCUUGCAUCUUAUGUUAAGGUCAUUACCUACAUUUGAAGCCAUUAGAUACUGUACGUGCCUUCACCCCUCCCACCACCACCCACCACCCACACCAUUAGAUCACAUACACUUCCGAAAUGGUUAUGCACUGGCACGGAACUCUGUGUCCUGAAUUCUGGUAAAAUACUGAUCUAUUGAAAGGACCUCAGAGAUCUGCACUUAAUCCACAUGAUGUAUGUCUAACUAUAACCUACCACACAAAUGGCCAAUAGAGCUUUUCCUGAGCAUUGGUAUACUGUGUAAUAUAUAUAUAUAUAUAUAUAUAUAUAUAUAUAUA